ACAACAGACCGCGUCCGAAGCAACACGCACGGAGUUACACGCUCGUGAUAAGUGAAUACAGUGCUCAGUGAUUACUUGAUAUUGAUAACGAUGGCCAAACUACUGUGGUUCGUGGCGUUAGUGGUGGUAGUGGAAGCUGCACAUGUACACCAUUCCAAGUUCCGGAAAGGGACGGAUGAGUACGAGUCGUCCGCUUACAAGAAAGUUCCCUGCUCUAAUGAUCACGAUCGAGAGCGAAAUGAAAUCAUGAACAAGUCAAGUUGUGGCGCCCCCAAAGAAGUUUUCGUACAUCUAGCCCCUCAAGCCACAUAUGAACAGGUGAGCCCAAGCGCGGUAUGGGUCAAACGCUGCGUCGGGCUCUGCGACCACGCCGCAUACGGCUCCCGCUGCAUGCCCACCAAAAUCGUCCAUAGGAACAUACCCGUUCGAAUAUACAACGCGAAGACCAACAAAGCAACGUGCUCCACGUACAGAGUGGAGGAGCACGAGGCCUGCGGCUGCUGCUCGGCGUCGGGCGAGAAGUGCGAGGAGAAUAGAGUGUUCAAUCCUCGUAAGUGCUCCUGUCAGUGUCCGAACAUGGAGGAGAGGCGGAGUUGCCUACGCAAGCGGAACCAGAAUUUGAGGUGGAAUCGGUCUAAGUGCGCAUGCGAGCCACGGAGGCGAGCGCUGAAGUGAGCAUCCCUGACAAACUGUGACACGGUGAAACUCAGCUCGAAGGUGAACCAAAUCUCAAGACAGUCGGUGAAGAAGACAGAAUAGGUGCCUAGUCGACAUCAAAGAUGGGAACGCGUUGUGAAAUUUUAUAGACUUUAUGUGACUAGUUUCUAAUGUUGACUGACUCGUGUGUCUUAUUUUAGCUCGUAUUAAAGAAAACACAACAGUAUUAUGUUUAGAUGUAGGCUAGCUAAUUUAUUUAUUGUAGGAUAGUGAAAAUUGGGGCCAAAAGGUGCUGUGAGUGAUCCACUUUGUUUCGUAACUUUUUGGUGUUUAAUGUAAAUAGGCAUUUGUACUUAGAUAAUGGACUCUCCAAUGUAUUUGUGAAUUAUGUAGUUGUGUAGCUGCACAUUUGUACGAUUGACAUCACUGUUCAGUAUUUAGUUAUUUUUAUACGUAUAGUUAAGUGAUCGAGCGUAAAUUUGCCUUUGCGCCAUUCCUAAAUUUGUGAUAUAGUAGGUUGUUAUUCCAUUUUCUAUAAUGUAAGGUAGGUAAGCAUUUAUCUAGUUCAAUACUUAGGUUGUAAAGUAUUUGCUACUAGUCAGACGGUUCUUUAAACUAAUGAGUGCGUCUCUAUCUUUACCGAUUGCUCUCUUUCACUAUGAUUUUAUUUUAAGUAAUACGAAUUUUAGUUAAUUUAAUUUAUUGUAAUGUCUUAUUAUUAUGUGCUCAUGAUUUUCAUGAUUGCUUAUGUCCAUGAUGCUUUGGGCAUAGUUCCUCUGUAAUUCAAGAUUUUAUUAAUACUAUGGGACUUAGUCUAUAGUGCCAAAGGCAUCGAAUCUCAUAGGUUUUAAUAUUUCCUAUUAUUUUAACUUAUUUAGUAUUAAUUAAGCUUAAGAAGCUUUAAGUGAUGAAAUCACGACAUUUCGAUUAUUUACUGUAUUUAUGUCGAAUAUUAUCUCAAUUUAGAAAACAGCUGAAUAAUAAAAUUCAUACUUAUUUUUAUAA